CUACGUGUUGUGUUCGAUGGCUCGUGUCCUAGUACAUCAGGCUAUUCUCUAAAUGAUAUUCUCAUGGUGGGUCCAACCGUACAAGAUUCUCUUUUCUCCAUCUUGAUAAGGGCGCGUCAAUACAAAUACUUACUUACCGGUGACAUCGAGAAGAUGUACCGACAAGUUGAAGUUGCUGAAGAAGACCGAAAGUUACAACUUAUAUUGUGGAGGGAUGACGAAUCUAAACCCAUUCAAACGUUGCAAUUGAAUACUUUAACUUACGGCCUUGCAAGUUCAAGUUAUUUGAGUACGCGAUGUCUAAAGCAAUUAGGGCAGGAGCACAAUGAUGAGCUGAUCAAAACAAUAAUACAACACGACUUCUACGUAGAUGACCUAAUCACAGGCUCAGAUGACGAAAACGAGUUACGGUACAUUCAACAAGAAAUUGCAAAAACAUUAUCAUCAGGAUGUUUUAAUCUUAGAAAAUACAAAAGUAAUUUACCAACUUUAUUUCAAAAUUCUGACUUAAACUUACAGGACAACCUAACAAUAAGUGAGUCAACCAGUACUCUCGGACUUGGCUGGACUCCUCAAGCUGAUUGUUUUUACUUUCCCACUAAAGAAAGUACACAAAAUAAUAAAAUAACAAAACGUUACAUAAUGUCGAAUUCUUUUAGAAUAUUCGACCCAAUGGGCUUACUGAGUCCAACAAUAAUAAUACCUAAAAUGUUAAUACAAAAAUUAUGGCAACUAAAAUUGGACUUUGAUGACGAAGUUCCACAGGAUGUUCAAAAUGAAUGGGAGAAAUUCUCAAACAACUUGGUGUCACUUGAAAAUUUACAAAUUCCGAGACUCGUUCUAUGUGACACACCAAAAUCAAUAGAAAUGCACACCUUCAGUGAUGCGUCACAGGUAGCAUACGGGACGUGUAUAUAUUUACGAUCGAUAAAUGACAAUGGUGAAGUAUCAGUUAAGUUACUUUGUGCCAAAUCAAAGGUAUCUCCAAUUAAACCAACAACAAUUCCACGCCUUGAGUUAUGUGCCGCACUUCUUGCUUCUAAAUUAACUAAAGCUGUCAUCGAUUCAUUAAGAUACAAACCAACGCGCAUAGUUCACUGGUGUGAUGCUAGUAUCGUUAUCGGUUGGAUAAAUAGCGAUUUAACAAAACUUAAGGUUUUCGUAGCUAAUAGGAUACGUGAGAUUCGUGAACUUACGCAAGCUUCCGCCUGGAGAUACGUACCCACCUCUGCUAACCCAGCUGAUUUAAUCUCGCGGGGGGUAGACCCUAGACAGUUACCGUCUACGGAGUUAUGGUGGACAGGUCCUAAAUAUUUGCUGGAAGACGAGUCAAAAUGGCCUAUAUUAAAUCAAAAAAUUGAUGAGGACUUAACUGAAAUCAAAGUAAACACGGUUACGGUAUCUGAUAAGAUAUUUAAAAUUGAAAAUUAUUCUAACUUAACUAAAUUAAUGAGAGUCCAUGCUAUGGUAAUGAGAUUUAUUUACAAUAUAAAAAACCCUAAAUCUAGACGCGUAGGUAUCAUUAGCGUUGAUGAACUUAAUGAGUCAUUCGAGUCAUUAUGCAUUAUUGCUCAACGCGAGUCCUUUCCAGUUGAGUACGACCUGCUUAUUAAAAAUAAGGCAUUAAGUUCAAAAUGCAAAAUUCUAUCGUUAUCGCCGUUCUUAGAUAACAAAGUGAUAAGAGUCGGUGGACGUAUUGAUGCUUCAAACUAUCCAUAUGAAAAGAAGCAUCCGAUUCUACUUCAUUCGUCGCACCAUUUGACAAAACUAUUCUUCUUAAAAGAGCAUCUGCGUAACUUGCACGCUGGUGCACAGACAUUGCUAGCUGUAGCUCGGGAAACUGUUUGGGCAGUAAACGGUAGGCACCUAGCUAGGCGUACGGUUAAUAACUGCGUGCGCUGCAGACGCCUGCGUGGCAAAACAUUCUGUCCUAAGAUGGGAGAUCUCCCAUCACAGCGCAUAACACCAGAUUUUCCUUUUAAAUCUGUAGGUUUAGAUUUUGCUGGUCCCUUUUACAUCCUAAAUCGAAAGGGUAGGGGCAGCAGUUUAAUUAAGUGUUAUUUGUGUUUGUUCAUAUGCCUUAGAUUUAAGUGCGUUCAUUUGGAAGCAGUAUCUGAUUUAUCAAAAAAUGCAUUUAUCAUGACCCUUCGUAGGUACAUAGCACGAAGGUCAAAGCCGGCUGAAAUAUUUUGUGACAAUGGCCGAAAUUUCGUUUCCGCCGCGAAAGAGGUAGGUUCCUUUUUAAAGUCAAAUGCUGAAUCUCUAUCUGAUUUUGCCAGUCAGGAGGGCAUCAAGUUUAUAUUCACGCCUACUUACGCUCCUCACUUCGGCGGCAUUUGGGAAGCCGGCGUUAAGUCCGCCAAACACCACAUUCGUAGAGUCAUAGGAAAUAGCCACUUAACCUUUGAGGAAAUUUCUACAUUGUUUGCACAAGUGGAGGCUAUUCUGAACAGUCGUCCCUUGUGUCCUUUAUCCUCCUCUCCUAACGACCUUCUCUCCCUUUCCCCAGGGCACUUUCUCGUUGGACGCCCACUGACUGCAAUGCCAACGCCCACCCUGGACAAUUGCAAAGAAAACGCACUGCAGAGAUACAAUCGCAUUGAGAAAAUUCGACAGCAUUUCUGGCAAAGGUGGCAGAAGGAAUAUAUCUGCGAAUUACAGCAAAGGACCAAAUGGAAAACAAGCACAGAUAAGCUGAAGAUCGGAGAUAUGGUCUUGCUUCAAGAGGAUCACGUGCCACCCCUGUGCUGGCGCCUUGGACGAGUCGCACGCUUGUUCCCGGGACCAGACGGCAUCACGAGAGUUGCUGAUGUCACUACAACCCGAGGAUGCGUCCGGAGACCGCUAGUACGUCUCUGCCCGCUGCCGACGGCUGAAGAUUUUGAGAGCUGUUGAAAUGUGCUUUCAACGGGGGGGAAUAUGUUACGGCGCACAUACGCCUUAGAGUUUAGAUAUAGCAUUAUAUAAGUUAGGAAACAUUGCAUUGAUUAGCGUUUAGGCACUACUUUUUAUUGUGUAAUUGCAGGUAGAUUUUAUACAUUCUCUUCUAUUCACACCACGAUACGAGCUGUACCGUUUUUGAUUUAAACAAUUAAAAUACGUUGUAAAACCUCAAAAUCAGCUUUAAUUUGACCUCCAGU